AUGGCUGAGGAGGAAUUCGAGAUCGAUAUCUACGGCGAUGCGCCCCAGGAUCACCAAGACGGAAACGCCGAGAACUACGAUGGAGCCAACGGUCAUGCGGACAACCACCAGGAACAACAUGAUCAGCAGGAGCACCACGACGAUCAGCAGAAGCACGACCAGCAGGAGGAAUAUCACGACCAGCAAGAGGCGCCUGCUCCUCAACAGGGUGUCAAGAGAAAGGGCGACGACCGGCCGAUCGAUCCUGGCGCAACCACAGCUCUGAUGGUCUCGGAUCUUAACUGGUGGAACACGGACGACGACAUCAGGGGAUACGCCAGAGCAGGCCAUUGCGAGGACGAACUCAAGGAUAUCACGUUCAGUGAACACAAGGUGAACGGAAAGAGCAAGGGACAAGCCUACAUUGAGUUCACAUCGCAGCAAGCUGCCACGGCCGCCAAGCACGCUUUCGAGUCGACAGACAGCGCUCAAGGCGUACCGAAGAAAUACCAGGUUACUUACUCGAACCCCCACGUCAACCCGUUCCGCACGCUGCCUAAGGAUGCACCGAACCGCGCAGGUAAAGACCAGGGCAGCCGACCGAACAGCAACUACAACAACCAGGGUUCCUCGAUGGGCGGCAGCGACUUCCGUGGAAACGGCUACCGCGGUCGUGGAGGCUUCAACGGUCCCCGUGGCGGCAUGAACCAGGGCGGCUUCAACCGCAACUUCUCGGGCGGCAUGGGAGGUGGCUUUAACAAUAACAACAUGGGAGGCGGCGGCUUCAACAACGGCAUGGGCGGCGGCAAUUUCGGCGGCGGCGGUUUCCAGCGGGGCGGUGGCUUCGGUGGUGGUAUGCGCGGUGGCCCCGGCAUGCGUGGUGGCCGAGGCGGCAUGCACAACCCGAUGGGUGGUAUGAACAUGGGCCCGAUGGGAGGCAUGCCCAACAUGGGUAUGCCUAACAUGGGCAUGAUGGGUGGUGGAAUGCCUGGUACGACUCCCUUUGUUUUUGACUUUUCUCAGCGAAAUCACACUCCCCCAAUAUCUCGACUUGCCUCUGGUUCAACCCAGAAGCGGAAGCCCUCUGGUCGGCGAAAAGGCAAAGCUGCCAACACCGGCCGAAACGAGACCCCCUUGAGCACCAAACGGCUGAAGGUGCAGCCAAAGCAUGUAUCUGAACAACCAAAACCUGUAAUUGCACCAGAGGUCGGCCGAUGAAUAAAGGAGAGCGGUUUGGGGUUUACCAUGGUUGCCCCUCCGCUCCCUGCAGCUACUCGGUUCAGCUCGAGGAUGCCGCCUCACUGCUCGGCUCCUCACUGAAUGUUCUUGACUGAUUUCCCUGCUGUUUGCGUUCUCAUUUGUUAUUUGUCAAAGAACACUUAAGCUGACUCUUUUCCAGGAUUCCAAGGCAUGCCUCAACAGUUCAAUCCUGCAUUCUUUGGCGGUAACCAGGGUGGUGGAAACGACUGGGGCAACCCUCACGGUGCUAAGCGACCUCGACCCGAGUAGGACUACCGGCCAAGGCAGUUUGCGCGAUCCUGAGGUAAUAGCCGAAUCGACUUGUCGCGGCGCGAUCCAGUUGUCAUCGCGUCGU